UUAGCAGAAGCUCUUCCUGGAAAAAACAUCUCAACAAACUAAAGGCAAUGAACAAAAAGAACUUGCCAACCUUCGUUACCUUCUGUAACACGUACACGUUUCCAUUUUUGUGAUAAUCAAAAUCUGCAUGCGUUACUCACUAUAAAAAGAGAUGGUUAGAUUUCCAAUCAGUCACAAUUGUUCAAAAUAAUUGGAAAGAAAUUACAAGUGAUAUUGUUUUUCUUGAAUUAGAUAAAAGUGUUUCUAUGGCUUGUUAUCAUUCAUUGUUUCUUAUCUUGAUUGCUGCUGCCGCUUCAUUUCAAACCAAUGGCCAACUCUCCCCUGAUUACUACUCCUCCACUUGUCCACAAGCAUUUCCUAUUGUUAAGGCAGCAGUUGCAGCUGCUAUAAAGAAUGAAACGCGCAUAGGGGCAUCCUUGCUCAGAUUACAUUUUCAUGACUGUUUUGUUAAUGGCUGUGAUGGAUCAGUACUAUUAGAUGAUAAUGCCACAUUUAUAGGUGAGAAAACUGCAGUUCCUAACAAUAACUCUGCUAGAGGAUUCAACGUGGUUGAUAACAUCAAAGCCCAGCUGGAGAAAGCAUGUCCUGGAGUGGUAUCCUGCGCUGAUCUUCUUGCUAUAGCAGCUCGCGAUUCGGUUGUUCAGUUAGGAGGUCCCUCGUGGAAGGUAAGGUUGGGAAGAAGGGAUUCUACCACAGCUAGCAGAAGUGUGGCAAAUACCUCCAUCCCCCCACCAACCUCUAAUCUAAGUGCUCUUAUUUCAAGCUUCUCUGCUCAGGGUCUCUCAAUAAAAGACCUAGUAACACUUGCUGGUUCACACACCAUUGGCAUGGCCAGAUGCACAUCAUUUCGAGGACACAUCUAUAAUGACUCCAAUAUCGACCCCUCCUUCGCCAGCUCAUUGCGGCGUACUUGCCCAAGAAGUGGAAAUGAUAGUGUGCUUGCUCCCCUUGAUCGUCAAACACCAACCUUUUUUGAUAAUUUAUAUUACAAGAAUUUGUUAAAUAAGACAGGUCUACUUCAUUCAGAUCAAGAGCUCUUCAAUGGAAGUUCUACUGAUGUUUGGGUUAAAAGUUAUGCAGCCAACAUUUCAUUAUUUUUCCAGGAAUUUCCGAAGUCUAUGAUCAAAAUGGGAAACGUCAAGCCUCUCACAGGAAGUGCUGGAGAAAUCAGGAUCAAUUGCCGGAAAGCAAAUUGAAACUUGCUUUCCAUUCUUACAAGAGAGUAUAAAAUGUUAAAAAUGAGUGUCUGUUGAUCUUUACAUUGAGGUUCUUUAAAAUGUUUGAUGCAAGCAAGUUGUUUCAUUGUCUUUACUAUUAAAACUUGUCCUAUGCUUUCACUUUUGUGAAUAAAUGUGUAUUUAAAAACUAAUAAAGAUGCAUUAUUUCCCUAUUGCUCCUGUCCCAAAACAGAGUUUAGAUUAACCCAUCUUUUCCAUAAUCACCCAUUUGUGAAACUGUUGAGCCAGCUUGAAUGCUAGAAUUUAUCUAAUCAGAAUGAAUAACUUUUACUGAAU